GAGGCAACCCUAGUUGAGAGACUCAGCUUCUAUAUAAUAACAAUUUAGAGACUCUCUCCGUCGUGCUUUUAUAAGAGGCGGAUUCUAGUCCGAGUCCGAUUCUCUUUUCAUAUCUUUUCUUUGAUUAGUUUCUUUAUCCUCUGCUUCUCAAAUGGGUUCCGCUGAAGUCGAGUACAGAUGCUUCGUCGGCGGGCUCGCAUGGGCCACCGACAGCCGUUCCCUCGAAGAAGCCUUCUCUACGUUUGGCGAGGUCGUUGAAUCGAAGAUCAUUAACGAUCGUGAGACCGGAAGGUCAAGGGGAUUUGGAUUCGUCACUUUCUCUAACGAAAAGGCGAUGAGAGAUGCCAUCGAAGGAAUGAAUGGCCAAAAUCUUGAUGGACGCAGCAUCACCGUCAAUGAGGCCCAAUCACGCGGAAGCGGAGGCGGCGGCGGCGGAGGCCACGGUUACAGCCGUGGAGGAGGCGGUGGUGGUGGUGGUUACAGCCGUGGAGGUGGGGGUGGAUACGGAGGUGGCCGACGCGAGGGUGGUGGCGGCGGAUACGGUGGUAGCGGUGGAUAUGGUGGCCGGCGUGAGGGAGGUUAUGGAGAUGGUGGCCGGCGUGAGGGCGGUUAUGGAGAUGGUGGUGGAGCUCGUUACUCUAACAGAGGAGGGGGUGGGGGCGGUGCCGCUGAAGGAAAUUGGAGAAGUUAAAUUUGAGAGAUUGGCUUUCGGUUGUUAUGUCAACUUUGGUUUGCUCUAUUUUUGAUCGAUGGGUCCUAUGUCACUGCUCGUUGAAAAUAGAUUGUUCUAUGUAGUUACUUGAUAUAUUAAUGGCUGUUUUUGUCAUGAUUUAUAUAAAUAAUAUUCCAAUUUGAUA